CAGACGUUGUAAAAGAUGGGGGGUGGUCCUGCCAGCGCAGACGUCGUGCGCUCGUCCUGCUUCGUGACGUUCCCCGAACAGACCCAAGCGGAGCCUGUGCCCGCUGAUGCCUGGUACCUAUUUGCGGCCGGAUUGACGUUUUUGCGGCGUCUGGCGCGCGACCGCGUGGGCGACGAAAUGCGUAUUGCGCUACUGUUACAGAUGCCCGGGGACGAGGACGGCGAGCGACGCUACGUAUCCGUGAGCAACAAUACGGUGCUGCAGCGUGCGCUGCAAGAGACAUUCGACUGCCCGGAUAAGGCGCUGGUACUUCACGUGGUCGACGUGGGGAAGGUGCGAGGCCAGAAGCGAAUUCACGUGAGACCCGAGGUGAACCCGAACGUGUCUCCGGAGCCAGUGGAGCCGAUGGGACUCGUAUUCCCGACAUUAUCGGUGGACGGAUCGGUGACGCCGACUGCUGUGGAGGUCCCAGCAGCGCAAGUGACGAGCGAGAGUCUCUAUGAACAGAUGAGUCGGUCCAUGUUUAACUACCGUAAGGACGACAGCGUGCGGUGGAGUGGAGGAGUGAAUUCUGAGAGCUUCAAGAAGCCGAAGAAUAGCUUGAGUCGAAGCGCAUUCUUCGUGGAAGAGAGAGAUUACACCAGGAGAAUUCCCAAGAGAGGAGAACAAGCGGAAAAUACAGAGGAGAAUAUUCGCAGAGCAGGUGUUCCACUCGCAGUCGAAGCAGUGAGUGACCUGCUGUCGCCAGCCAAGCAGGUAGAGGUGGAGAACACCAGUGUCGAGCAAGAGACGCAGGGUGAGAGCGAUAUUCCCGUAGCUACCGUCGUAGAGGCCGACGCCGCGCCGAUUCCCAGUGACUACGUGAUGCUGGAGCUACAGACUGGGGCUGGACUGCCGGAAGCUCCCGCCAACACCAGCUCGACGUAUUUCAUCUCUUCGCGGUGGGCAGAACAAGCCGACGAGAUGAGCGCGUCGAUGCGCUUGGAACGCCCGCCGAUGCCAGCACCGCGGGCAACUUCAGCUCGUGCCGCCAGCAGCGUCGACAACAACCACGCGAACACAAACCUUGAGGGCUCGUUUGUGAUGCUCGAGCGCCACGAGCUGUAA